ACCUGGACGCCUUUUAUUUCCAGGACACUCCCCGAGGCCCCUUCAAAUCACUCCACAAGAGCACGACACUGUAAACUCCAAGACAAACAACAACACAAUUUCACUCAAGCACUUCUAUCUGACUGGAGUUUUAAUACAUUCGACACAGAAACAGCAAACAAAAACAAUAUGAAAGAUCCCGCAACAAAGAGUUUCAUUGCCCACCUUUUCACAGAAAUCCAAAUCCCGCAACAAAGAAGCUACAACUCCAUUUCUUUCCCUUCAGUUCUCUCCCCAAACCCAAUAAAAGUUCCGUUUUCUUUGUCUCUUUUGACGGAAACCAUUACCACCCAGAAACAGUUUCUUGAUUCUGUACUGCAUAGAGCAGGAGCUGUGCUUUUCAGAGGGUUUGAUGUGAAGGCGGCCAAGGACUUCAACGACGUCGUUGAGGCUUUUGGUUACGAGGAGUUGCCGUACGUGGGUGGUGCAGCCCCUCGGACCAACGUUGUUGGUCGGGUUUUUACGGCAAACGAGCCCCCGCCUGAUCAGAAAAUUCCUUUUCACCAUGAAAUGGCUCAGGUUCCUGAGUUCCCAUCCAAGUUGUUCUUCUUCUGUGAAGUAGAGCCUGGAAGUGAAGGAGAAACUCCUAUAGUCCUCAGCCACAUUGUCUAUGAAAGGAUGAAACAGAGAUACCCUGAAUUUGUUGAACAAUUAGAGCAACAUGGAUUGAUUUAUACAAGAGUACUAGGAGAGGAGGAUGAUCCUUCGUCGCCAAUCGGCCGUGGAUGGAAAUCCACUUUCUUGACUGAUGACAAGAACUUGGCUGAAGAAAGGGCUGCUAAGCUGGGAAUGAAAUUGGAGUGGAUGGAGGAUGGCGGAGUAAAAACAAUCAUGGGUCCGAUUCCAGCCAUCAAGUAUGACGAAUCAAGGGGUCGCAAAAUCUGGUUCAACAGCAUGGUAGCUGCUUACACAGGGUGGAAAGACAAGCGAAACGAUCCAGUGAAGGCAGUGACUUUCGGAGAUGGCAAUCCGUUGCCAGCUGAUAUACUCUUUGAUUGUCUGAAAAUCCUGGAAGAGGAAUCCGUUGCCAUUCCUUGGCAGAGAGGUGAUGUUUUGCUGAUAGAUAACUGGGCUGUGCUUCAUGCCAGAAGAUCAUUCAAUCCUCCACGCCGCAUAUUAGCUUCACUUUGCAAGUAGCGAAGAUCAGUUAAUAAUGGCUUGUGUAUGAUUUUCUAUUUGCCUGAAAUAUAUAUUGGAUGCUCCAUAAUAAUGAAAGCUUGAGUUCUCUGCUUGUAUACCAUACCUGUUAUUGUGUCCUUGUAUAGCCAUUUUAGGCCAACUUGACACUGAAAAAGACAUGAAAAUUUUGACAGAAAAAAAUGAAGCUGCAUGUUAUAUCUUUGUGGAUUAAUAUGAAGAUUUCCAUAUUCAAAUGUCUAA